CCGUGGGCGCCUCGUUCGGCCGGGCCCAUGUGCGUGCGGCCCGCCCCAGGCCGCCCGGGCUUCGCCUCCGCCCGCGCCCUGGCCUCCACCCGGGCCUCCGAGGAGCCGCCGCGACGCCCGGCCCGCGGGGCAGGUGAAGAGAUUAUAAAUCUUCUAUUGAGUGAAAAUAUUUUUCUUAAGGUUGCAUAUACGCCAAGAAAAAAAUCCCAAAUGUUUUUAUAUUUUGCCUAAAUACAAAGUUUAAACAAGAAGUUUCCACGGAAGCUCCGCGGCCGUCACCAUGUUCUGGAAGUUUGACCUGAACACCACGUCGCACAUCGACAAGCUGCUCGAUCAGGAGGACGUGACGUUGCGAGAGCUAAUGGACGAAGAUGACAUCUUGCAGGAGUGCAAGGCGCAGAAUCGGCGGCUGCUGGACUUCCUCUGCCGGCCUCAGUGUAUGGAGGAGCUGGUGAACCUGGUCACGCAGGACCCGGCCCUGGACGUGGAAGAGAAGGCCCGCUUCAAAUACCCAAACACAGCCUGUGAGCUGCUGACCUGUGACGUGCCUCAGAUCAACGACAGGCUGGGAGGGGACGAGACCCUGCUGAACCUUCUUUACGACUUCCUGGACCGGGAACCGCCCCUCAACCCUCUGCUCGCCAGUUUUUUCAGCAAGACCAUCGGCAACCUCAUUGCCAGGAAAACGGAGCAGGUGAUCGUGUUCCUGAGGAAGAAGGACAAGUUCAUCAGCCUGGUGCUGAAGCACAUCGGCACCUCGGCCCUCAUGGACCUGCUGCUGCGCCUGGUUAGCUGUGUGGAGCCCGCCGGGCUCCGGCACGAGGUCCUGCAGUGGCUCAACGAGGAGAGGGUCAUCCAGCGGCUCGUGGAGCUGAUCCAUCCGAGCCAGGACGAAGACAGUCAGUCCAAUGCAUCCCAGACGCUCUGUGACAUCGUCAGGCUGGGCAGAGAGCAGGGCGGCCAGCGGCAGGAGGCUCCGGAGCCAGACCCCCUCCUCACGGUGCUGGAGUCGCAGGACUGUGUGGAGCAGCUGCUGAGGAACAUGUUUGACGGAGCCCAGACCGAGGGCUGCCUCGUCAGCGGGACGCAGGUGCUGCUGACCCUGCUGGAGACCAGGCGGCCUGGGACAGAGGGCUUGGUGGACUCCUGCUCUCAGGGACUGGACAGGCUGUGUGCCGUCAGCAGCGGUGUCCUGCUCGGCAUUGAGCCACGGCUGAAGGACUUCCACCAGCUUCUGCUCAGCCCGCCAAAGAAAAAAGCGAUCCUGACCACCAUCGGUGUGCUGGAGGAGCCCCUGGGCAACGCCCGCCUGCACGGCGCCCGCCUCGUGGCCGCCCUGCUGCACACGAACACGCCCAGCAUCAACCAGGAGCUCUGCCGGCUCAACACCAUGGGCUUGUUGCUGGAUCUGUUUUUUAAGUACACCUGGAACAACUUCCUGCACUUCCAAGUGGAGCUGUGCGUAGCCGCCAUCCUCUCCCAUGCUGCCCGGGAGGACAGGGCCGUAGCCAGUGGGCCUGAGGUGGGGGCGGAGCCUGCGGCCUCCAGCAGGGACCCAGAGACCCCCCAGCCUGCCGCCAGCCACCCUGAGGACACGAUGGUGACCCACCUGUUCCACAAGUGCUGCCUGGUCCAGAGGAUCCUGGAGGCCUGGGAAGCCAAUGACCACACACAGGCCGCGGGCGGCAUGAGGCGCGGAAACAUGGGCCACCUGACGCGCAUCGCCAACGCGGUGGUGCAGAACCUCGAGGGGGGCCCCAUGCAGACCCACGUCAGCGAGGUCAUCCGAGGGCUCCCUGCGGACUGCCGUGGGCGCUGGGCGAGCUUCGUGGAGGAGACACUGACCGAGGCCAACCGCAGGAACGCGGUGGACCUGGUGAGCACCCACCUCCUGCACCCCUCAGGUGAGGAUGAGGACGUGGAGGCCGUUUUCCCCAACGAGCUGUCCCUUCAGCAGGCUUUCUCCGAGUACCAGGUCCAGCAGAUGACGGCCACCUUCGUGGAUCAGUUCGGCUUCAGUGACGAGGAGUUUGCCGAGCAGGACGACAGCGUCAACGCCCCGUUUGACAGGAUCGCGGAGAUCAACUUCAGCGUCGACGCCGACGAGGACAGUCCCGGCGCCGCCCUGUUUGAGGCCUGCUGCAGUGACCACAUCCAGCCCUUUGACGAGGAGGACGACCUCUGGCAGGCUGAGGCGACGCAGCGCGCUGCCCGGGUGACCAGAGCCAGGUUUGGGGGCCCCCGGGCCCCAGAGAGCCAGGACGGGGCGGAGCGCGCAGAAGCGCACGGGUUCGCGGCUCGGGCGAGUGCCCUUCAGGCCUCCACCCAGAAGGAAGGCCCCCGCGAGGAGGGCGGCUCACAAGCAGGUGCCGCCUGGACGGUAUUUGAUGAGCCGGGGAGCUCGCUGGCCUCAGGCCCAGCCCCGGGAGCGGUGGUGGACGUGGGCUCCAGUGUGUGGGCGGCCAGUUCCCCCAGCGCCUCAGCUCCGGAGGAGAAAGGCUGGGCCAAGUUUGCCGACUUCCAGCCUUUCUGCUGCUCUGAGUCGGGGCCCAGGUGCAGCUCCCCAGUGGACACAGGUCACGGUGAUGCCCAGGGCAGUGGGAACCAGGGCCCGGAGAGAAGCCUUGGCCCAGCCACCCUGUGUGCCCGGAACGUGUGUGUCACCAGGAAGGCCCCUCUGGGGGUCUCCGGCAGCUGUGAGGACGAGCAGAAGGUGGCUGGUGCCUUGGAAGCUGUCAGCAUGGGUCCCGCCCGGGAGGCCCCCCUGACGCCCGAGCCAGGCCCCAGGGCCGAGUGCGCCACCAACAUGCCACCAGGCCUCGCCUCCCUUGCGUCUGCAGAAGUGACCUCUGCCCCAGGUGUGGCCGUCCUCCCUGAGGCUGCUGUGGCGGCCACCACAGUACCGAGCAGCAGUGGCCCUAGCCCGGCCACCCUGACCAUCUCCCCUGUGCCGGCCGCCGUGGCUGUCACCACCGCAGCCCCCGUCAGCCCAGCCAUCUCCUCGGCGGCUGCCCUGGGGUUAGUGACAAAGGACAGGAAGACGGACGUGGCACCGCCUGCAGGAGCCGCCUUAAACGGCCCCGUGUGAUGCUGCCGCCCAGCGUUGGCGCUUCAACCGAGAAAACUACCUGGUGACGCAGUUUGUCUUUUUUAUUUAAUUUAAUUUAAUUUUAAAAUAAAUGCUGCAUUGGUAAAGCCGGCAGUUGAAACCAGUUGGACGGCCCAGCCUGCGUUUCUCCUGUGACCCUGAGUGGCCACGAGGGUCCAGCCCACGCACAGCAAUAAGGCCUCAGAUGUGCGUCUGCCUGUGGGAGCCGGGGCCGUGACCCCAACACCGGGACCGAGGGUCGGACUGGGUGCCACAGGCUCCGAGCCUGUUUCUAUGGAUUUUUUUACAAAUGCAGGAAGAGCCACGUGUUUGCACUUUCCAAUCCAGCCACAGCAGAGGGUCUCCGAGGCUCCGGGGACAAAUGUGGGCUGGCCAGACAGGGUUUCACUGCCCGCCGGUCCUGGGAGCUGGCCGUGAGCCGGGCCGCACAAUUCGACUGCCUUAAAACCAGCCCCUGCGGCCUGGCAGGGUGUCCCGGACCCACCGAAGUGGGCAGGAGCGGGUACCCGGGGCACCAAGUCGCCCAGCCGUGCUGGGGGGUCUGCAGGGUUCUUUCGUGUUGAUGUCCUGACCCUCGGACAGGGCACCCACCCCCCACACCUCCCAAUAAAAGCUGUGUUCUUCUCA